AUGUCAUUUUAUUUUGCUAUAGUAGGCACAAAAGAUAAUCCUAUUUACGAAGUAGAAUUCGGUACUUCUGGAACAAAAGCUGCUGGUCUUGACCCGAAUGCAAAGAAAGAUGAACAUCGUCAUUUAAAUCAAUUUAUUAUUCAUUCUGCUUUGGAUCUUGUAGAAGAGUUACAAUGGAAUACUAAUGCCAUGUAUCUUAAAUCUGUAGAUAAAUUUAAUGAAUGGCAUAUUUCUGCUUUCAUUUCGGCUGGAAAUAUCAAGUUUAUGUUAUUACAUGAAUCUAAAAAUGAAGAUAGCAUUAGAAAUUUUUUUAAUGAAUGCCACGAGUCGUACAUAAAGAUAUUAAUGAAUCCAUUCUAUGAGAUUAAUUCUCCUAUCACCUCAAUUGGGUUUGAUACCAAAGUUCGUUAUGCUGCUAAAAGAUAUUUGUAA